AUGAAAAGAGCCUUGAAGUUCAAAUACAUCUAUCGGGAAGUCACAAUCACUAACGUGAAACGCUUGGUAGACCAAGGUUCACAGAACCAGCCAGCAGACUACAAUAUCAAGACCGAGGACAUCAAGCUAGACCUCACUGCUGGAAAGGGUCGCCCAGAAUGGGUCUUCUCUGCAUACGCGCCCCUUCGCGAUCUCCCGCGUCAGCUUUUUGGAGGUCCCCAACGUGAACAGAGCAUGGAAGAAAUGCGCCUUCGUCACUACCAGCUUACAGCAGCUGGCAACAUGGACCAAGCUGUCCAGGAGGCUCAAGCCUUGUGGACGGAAUCUGUGAGCCAGAUGGAUGUGGCAUUGAACGAUCUCAAUGGGGCAGUCAAAUACAUCGUUGAUGGUGCCAAUGAACACCCAAAUCGUAUUGAAAUCGUCGCUGGGAACACUGGUGCCAAUACAAAUCAAUCACCAGCACCUGCCCAGUCUGCCUUCGGCCAGCCUUCACAAAGCCAAUCCUCUAAUGCAUUUGGAAGUGCUUCUUCUGGCUGGGGGAAACCUGCAGCACCUAGUCAACCAUCAGGGUUCGGGCAGCCAUCCGCCUUGGGACAAACCUCAGCAUUUGGGCAACCUUCAACCCUUGGGCAACCUUCUGGUCAAGCCUCGGGUUUCGGGCAGCCAUCCGCCCUGGGGCAAACCUCAGCCUUUGGACAACCCUCGAAUGUGGGAGCACAGAGUGGAUUCGGAAAGCCAGCAUUUGGUCAAUCUGGAUCGGGAUUCGGCCAGGCUGCCAACAACCAGCCAGCGUUCGGACAAACCGCAUUUGGGCAAACAUCGGCUCCAGCAGCACCCUUCGGUGGUGCAGCAGCAUCGGCUUCCCCAUUUGGUGGCCUGAACCAACAGAGCGCCAAUCCUUCCCCGUUUACUACCAAUCAGCCUGCUGCACCCGCGAAUGGUUCUCCAUUCGGACAAGUAGGAAGUCAACAACCAGCUGCUGCACCCUCUGGUUUUGGGCAACCAUCAGCUCAACAGCCAGAUGCUGCACCCUCUGGUUUCGGUCAGCCAUCAACAGGCGCCUUUGGUCAACCUUCCCAGACAACUACACCUUUCGGUCAACCUCAACAACAGCCGGCUCAGCCCAAUCCAUUUGGACAGCCCUCCGCCCCCGCAGUAGCCAACCCAUUCGGAGCACCGCAACAACCUGCAGCUUCCUUUGGCCAAGCAGCCGCCCAGCAAGCAGCCGCCCCGCAAGAUGUGCGGGCCGAUCUUGGCCCGCCUGCAUUAAUGCAGAUCGAUGAUCCUAAUGAACUGAACCCCCUCCCUCGUUUGCAGGGCGAAACAAGACGUGACCCCAUGUCCAAUCGCCUUGUUUUGUGGAAAGGCCAGCGGGUGCAAUACGUUGACAACGAAUAUCCCUGCUAUAUACACCCCCAAGAUAACAAGACUCUGGUUCGCAUCAACUUUCCUGAUGGACCACCAUUUCUUGCAACUCUCCGUGACUCUCAAGGCAAAGAACAGGAAUACACACCGGAAGUCGAAGAGAUGUAUCAGUUCUUUCUGAACAAUGGAUACUUCAAGGAUGGCAUCAUCCCAGCAGUACCACCGAAGAAAGAAUGGGUCAGCUUCGACUUUUAA